UAUAUUUUUAGAAAACUGACAGAAGUGACAGACUGUUUCCAUGCAAUUGAACUCACCAGUAAAUCAAAAUAAAAAUGAUUUUGGCACACCUGAAAGCUAAAAUUAGGAUGUUUUUUGUUUAUUUUUCACUGUGAUAUUUGUUGUUACGGACGUGCUAGCCUCCUUACUAAAAAUAAUGUAACAGCUUUCGCAUGCGUAUAUUUAGAGCUGCAGGUAUAGAAGCUAAUAUUUUCAGCUUUCGUACGUAAUACUUCACCGCUUUCGUAUUUACAUUCCGCGUUAAAUAUCGUUCAUCUUCUAGAUAUUAGGUAAUAAGAUAGGAUCUCAGUGUCUUAUAUAGUUGUAAGAGAAAUAAAAUUUUACCUGAACAUAAAGUAAUAAAUUAAAAAUAUGAAGAAUAAGUUCAAUCAAUGUUACACAGCAAUUAAAGCGGGCGAUCUUAUUAUAUCAGAGCAGCCCUUUGCGUUUGUUUUAUCUUCUAAAGAAAAUGGUAUAAGAUGCGAUAACUGUCUGAAAAGAUGUAAGGUGCUCAAAUGUUCUGGUUGUCAAUUUGUGCAUUAUUGUGGACGUGUUUGUCAGAGAGAUGCUUGGGAUGAUCAUAAGUGGGAAUGUGCGAACUUAAAAAGGGUUUCGCCGAAGAUAAUUCCAGAUGCAGCUCGAAUGCUCGCAAGAAUAAUAAACCGUAUUAAAAGAAGUGAUGGCACCACAUAUAAAGCAUUUUACUCCGCUACGUCAUUCAGGAUGUGGAAGGAUCUUAUGUCACAUUACACGGAUUUAAAAGCUGAUAAAAAGAGAAUGGAUCAUUUUACGACACUGUGUGUUGUGCUGUUUGAAUUUCUAAAAGACAUAUCCUUACCAAACACUGUGGAUCUAAUGGGAAUAUAUGGAAGGAUGGUAAUUAACAGUUUUACUAUAUUAGAUAUGGACAUGAAUUCAAUCGGGACUGGCAUUUAUUUGGCUUCAUCAAUCAUAGACCACAGUUGCAAUCCUAAUGCUGUGGCAACCUUUGAUGGCAAAACUCUUAAUAUUAGAGCCAUAAAGGACAUGCCUUGUUUAGACUGGAAACAGAUAAGAAUCUCAUAUAUAGAUUUAAUGAAGACGCCGUAUGAAAGACAAAUGGAACUAUUGGAAAACUACUAUUUCCUGUGCGAGUGUGACAGGUGCAUGGAUGAAAAUCAAAUUAAAUACGUCCACGCUGCCAAAUGUCCGAACACCGAUUGUGAUAAUCCAGUAAAUAUUACUUGGAAAGAAAAUUGUAUUCUUGUUAAAAAAUCUGAACGUAAAGUUAAAAAAGUAUCAAUAGAGAAUGGAGAUUCCGAAAAUAGUAUUGCAAAUGGUAGUGAAGAAUUAAGUUACACAAAUGGUGUCCAAAAAGAUGGGCUUCAUUGUGAUGAGUGUUGUACAAAAUUUACAGACAGCCAAAUUGAGCUGUUUGUCGAUGCAAUGAAAUCUAGUGAAGUGCAUUUACAGAAUAUGAAAGAAACAUCUGUAGCGUAUGUCGAUAUUUGCAAGUAUUGCUUGGAGAAACAAGAAGGUGUUCUACAUCCAUUGAAUGUUAUGUAUUCCCAAACAUUAGACAAUGCUUUUGAUGCGCUCAUACAGGUCCAGUUGUGGGAGCAGGCUUGUGUUUAUGCUGAAAAGCUUAUACCUUGUUUUAGGUUUUAUUAUGGACAAUAUCACCCUCUGUUAGGGUUACUACACAUGAAGUAUGGAAAAAUUUUGUUAUACAAAAUGAACAAUCAAGGUGCAUUCAAUCAAUUUAAACUAGCAGAGAAAAUAAUAAAAAUAGCAUAUGGAGAAAGACACCCAUUAUACAAGGAACAUUUACUGCCAUACAUUGAUCAAGCAAUGAUUGAAUCACCAUAGAACAUAGGUAUAAUCUAUGAUAGAUGCAAAUUGUCAAUUAUUUUGUCACUAGGAAUAAAUAAGGCUGUGUGAGCAAUAAUAAAAUAGUACUUUCAAAAUAAAAAUAUAGUAAUAUA